ACACGAAGAGAUAUUUCUGGAUUCUACCUGCACUUGCACCAACACCAACAGAGAGAAUCGAGAGAAUAUCUACGAAAUUGCCUGUGAGGCGAAAGAUUCACUCUUUACCAGAUGCUAGUACCCAAUUCGAGGAAAUUCUUGAUGGACUAGAUGGUUAUAAUAAUACAAAUGACUCGGAUGAUGAAGCUGAUGAUGUAAGCUAUGUUGGAGAUGACCCGUCAAAUGAUGAGUUUGAGGGGGGAGUAGAAGGAGGUGUACCAACAAACGUGGAGGAAAUAGGUACUGUCUUGAGUGGUUUUACACACAAAUCAUUUCAAUGUAGUGACGAAUGUUUUGCUACCCCUGAAUCUGAAAAAUGAGAGGACCAAUUACUAUUGGCAGCACGAAAACAAUGGGUCACAAUGGAUGCCUGUAGGAGGUACAUUAGGAUGUAUGCCAUUAAGAACAAGUUUGAGAUUUUGUUUCAAAAAAAUUGUGGAGAUAAGAUCAUAGUAAGGUGUAGAGGAGUAGGAUGCGUUUGGAGAUGUUAUGUUAAAAUAAAGAAUGAUGGCACACAGUUGAAGUUAAGACUCUUCAAGGAGAACAUACUUGUGAGAAUGAUGGUAAUAACAUCAAUAGAGGGACAACUGCUAGAUGGAUAGCUGAUAUGAUCGAUCGCUGAAGACAUGAAGUUGCAUCACAAGAGUUACACACCUCGAGAUAUAAUUGCAAUAGCUUGGAGUAGGUGGACUAUAAACAUAAAUUAUUGGAAAGCAUGGCAUGCUAGGCUACUAGCAUUAGAACAUGUACAUGGGAAUUAUGAAAAAAGUUAUGCUCAGGUACCCGAAUUGUGUAGACAGAUUGAAGCUUCCAAUCCCGACAGUUUGGUUGCAUGGAAAUUUGAUACUGAAAACAGAUGCAAAUACUUAUGUGUUGCUUUUAGGGCUAGCUUAGAUGGUUGGAAAAAGGGGUGUAGACCACUAAUAGGCUUGGAUGGAUGUUUUCUAAAGGGUAAAUAUAUAGGAGUUUGCCUAGCAGCUAUUAGAAUGGAUGGGAAUAAUGGCAUGUUUCCUCUGGCAGUUUUCAUUUGCAGAAAAGAUGAUGGUGAAAAUUGGGACAAGUUUCUGGAACUAAUAGCGCCUAAGCUCAAGAAACAUUCUUUGCCGCUGACAGUGAUAUCAGAUAGAGCCCAAGCCAUUAUUAGUAGUAUUGAGACACAUUUGGAAGGGUGCAAUCCAAGAAGUUGCUUCAGGCAUAUCUUCAAAAACAUAAGCAAGUGGUGGAAACGUGAUCAUAUCAAACGAUUGGCAUGGGCUACUGCCACGGCAUACAAAAAAAUCCAUUUUGAAAGAAAUCUUGUCAAUUUGGAGAAUGCAGCAGUUGGGAGUAAGGAUUACUUGAUGGGGAUAGGUCCACAUUUGUGGUCAAGGGCUCACUUUGAUACAAUAUAUAAAAGUGAUCACCUAACCAAUAACUUCACAGAAAGCUAUAACAGUUUUAUAUUGAGUGAAAGGGAGAAACCUGUGUGCUCUAUGAUAAUAGGCAUGUCAUUUCUGAUGAUGAAAAUUAUGUAUGAUAGGAAAUUAGAAAGUAGCACUUGGGAUGAAAGUGGUGUGGUACCUAGGGUUUUUAAGACCCUAACACUUUAUAAGGUAAAGCAAAAUGACUUUGUCACUCACCCUUCGGGUGAAGGGACAUUCUGUGUAAGGAAUUAUACCGGGCAACAUUGGACUCUUAAUUUAAACAACCAUGAAUGUGAGUGUUGUGAAUGGCAAGUGAAAGGACUACCAUGUGUGCAUGCCGUGCACUUGAUCAGCCACCUCAGACUGCCGUUGACUCACCUAUUUCUAAGUGUUAAGGCUUACAGAUCAUCUUAUGAAUCAAAUAUCAAACCAAUUUCACAUGAAAGUGAUUGGCCUGAGGGAAAUGAAAUUGUAUUGCCACCUACACUUUCAAGGGCACCUAGAACACCGAAACACAACAGAAUAAAGGGUCAUGAUGAGAAUGAAACUCAGGCCAGGAAUAUGAAAAAGUGUAGUAAAUGUCUAGCUUUUGGGCGCAAUAAGAGGUCAUGUCAAGGAGGCCCAAUUAAAGGAGGCGCGGAUACUAGUAGUGGUGCUACGGGUUCUACAAGGGCUUCUAAAAGAGGAGGAGGAAGGGCUACUGGAAAAGGUGUUGGAAGAGUUAUUGGAAGAGGUGUUGGAAGGGGUGCUUCAGGAAGGGGUGUUGGAAGGGCUGGUGCAGGAAGGGGUGUUGGAAGGGCUGCUGGAAGAUGAAGUGUUUCUUUAUAGGUGCAUUAAGUGGUGCUUUUGACCUACUAUAACUGCAGUUUUUUUGUUUUCACACUACAAUGACUAUGGUACAUGCAGUUUAUUAAACACAACUGCAAUAUUUUUGCUCACUGUAAAGAUGCAUGGUUUUUGCUGCAAGUAGGAUUUUUGCUCAUUGUAAAAUCCCAACUUGGAGCUCAGUAUAUAUUGCUAGAAUUAGACAAAGCUCUGUAUUUUUGCUAGAAUUAGAGAAAACAACUAGAAGGUUGUAGUUGCAGCGUUUUUGCUCAGUCUACAAUUAUAUAUAACACUUCUCUCAAGUAGAUUAUUG